AUGGCACCGUUUUUCGGCAAGAAACACAAGGAGGCAACCAAGGCAGGGAAGGAGGUAGAAAAGGCAGGGACAGGAAAUUCCGCCGAACAAUCGCAGCCGACCAACAACAGUGCAGCAGCCGCAGAUGAAAUUGCUCCCGCCAUCCCAGCGCGCAAUAACCCGGCUCCCCUCCUCAACCAUGAGGAUGAGCGCUUCCUGGAACGCCUGAUAUCAAACGACGAUGACGACGACGACGACGCAAGCUCGCGGCCCCCUCUCCCGCCGCGCCCCAAAACCCCCGACCUAGUCUGGGAAGACAGCGAUUCAUUCUGCUUGCCCAAAACCGACGACGGAGCUACCUCCACGACUGCCACCACCACCACCGCCAGCGCCACACCAACCAAAAAGCCGAGCCGCUUCUCGCGCCUCUUCCACCGCAAACCGUCCACCUCCACCGCCCUCACGGUCCCCUCCGCCGCCGCUGCCGUCCCCCCAGAAGAAGCCGACCGCGAAUGGGACGACCUCAACAACGUGCUCGCCCGCCUGGGCAUCGAACCAACCGACGAUACCGCUGCCGCCGCCACCACCGACACCACCAAAGACGCCAAUCCCGCGGCCACCACCACCACCACCACCGCCCCCAUCCCGGCAGCACCCAGCAAAACCAAAACCGCCGCGCUCGCCGCCUCCGCCGAAGUGCAAUCACUCCUGCGGCAAUUCGUUGUCGUCCUCAAGGACGUGAUGCGCGGGGCGCCAACCGCCGUCGACGACCUCACGGCGCUUCUGGACGGGCGCAACGACGUGCUGAAGCGGGGGUUCGAGAAGCUGCCGUCGUCAAUGCAGAAGCUGGUGACGCAGCUGCCCAAGAAGCUGACCAGCUCGCUGGGGCCCGAGGUGCUGGCGGCGGCGGCCGAGGCGCAGGGCCUGAAGCGCGACACGGACGCGAGCGGGCUGGCGCGGUUCCUGGUGCCCAAGAAUUUGGCGGGGGAAGGAGGAGAGGGAGAAGAUGGAGAGGGAGGCGGCUGGCGAAGGGGUGGAGGAUGGGGAGGCGGCUGGCGAAGGGGUGGAGGAUGGGGAGGCGGCAGGGAAGGAAGUGGUGGUUGA